UGUCGAUGUCGUUGCCACCGUCAGUUGUGAUCUGAACUCUGUGGAGGAAGCAACACUCCUUGCUGGCUCAACGCUCUCGGAUAUUCUGCGCCAGAGGACACGCUCGGUGUAGGAACUCGGAAGGAUGCGACACCGCCUGAUGCUGACUCUUCCCGCCCUCACCUUCCUGGCGGUGGGCGUGUGGGGCCACGGGCGGCUGAUGGACCCGCCUGCGAGGAACUCCAUGUGGAGGCUCGGCUACCCGAACCCCGUUAACUACAACGACAACGAACUCUAUUGCGGAGGAUUCGUAGUCCACUACCAGCAGAACGGCGGGCAGUGCGGUGUCUGUGGCGAUAACUACGUGGACGAAGCACCAAGAUCUCACGAAGCAGGAGGUCUCUAUGCCAACGGAAUCAUUGGAAGGAGAUACGUGGCUGGACAGGUCAUUGACAUCGAGGCAGAGCUAACCACAAACCAUAAGGGCUACAUGGAAGUUAGACUGUGCCCGAAUAACGACCCUAGGAAGAUUAUCACUGAAGACUGUCUCAAGCAGUACGUCCUCCCUCUCGAAGGCACGCAGGAAACGCGCUUUGUCAUUCCUCAGGAGAGCAAGAAGUACGAGAUCUUCAAGUGGAAAGUCAAACUGCCCGAAGGAGUCACCUGCAGCCACUGCGUCCUGAGGUGGAAGUACUUCGCAGGAAACACAUGGGGCGUGAACCAAGAGGGCCUGGAGGGCGUGGGUCAGGGACCUCAGGAGACCUUCAUCAACUGCGCCGACGUCGUCAUCAACACGCAGACGGGCGGCUUCGCAGGAUAUCCACAGGAGACCAACGAGGUGGACAACCCUUGGGCUCUCUACUACAUAGGCAGCUUCCCUGAGGGUAAUCAAGACUCCAAGGAUCAGCGCCCUGGAGGACUCACACCGCUGAUCAUUAGAUCGCAGGUGUGUCUCCCAAUUGAUCCUCUGAGGGGAUUAGAGAGUCUAAAUGAUUGGUGCAAGACGAACUGCCUGAAGUACCCUCCCAACUGCGACCCUAGGAUCUGUAAAUGUGUUAACGAAUGUGAAGCCAUUGGCGAGUUCGCCAAGCAGCCCGGAGCCGACAUCUACUGCCACCAGAACUGCCUCAGGAACCCUCCCAUCUGCCCCGAGAAUAGGUGCAGGUGCUUCUAAGAGAGGUUCGAUCCUGUCGCCUGGUGUUUCUUGAUGAUGGGAAAGAGAACGUCGACGGCGGAGACUCUCGCAGUGAAUGUGACGGUAGCUGAUAGUGCGGUGAUGAUAAUUAUUGGUUUUAACUGUUGCUGUUGUUGUUACGACUGCUUGCGCUUUUAAAUGGCAUUAUGUUUAUUGUUGUUCUUCUGAUAGUUGUUUAUGCUGUUGGUCACUGUUGUUUGCUAUUUAUGUUACCUGUAUUAAUGGUAAAAUGAUAAUAUUGGUAACAUUAUUUUUAUCGUUAUUGAUGUUCAUGCUGUUACUGUAUGAUGUUAUUGCUAUGAUGAUGAUGAUUAGCAUUAUCGUUAUCAUUAUUCAUUAAUAUUCUAUUAAUGAUGCUGUUGUUGUUGUUAUUGUUAUUAUCAUUACUGAUACCAAUAUCGUUGUUAUUAUUAUUAUUAUUAUUAUUAUUAUCAUUAUUUUUUUAUUAUUAUUAUUAUCAUUAUUAUUGUUAUUAUUAUUAUUAUCAUUAGUACUUUAAUUAUUAUUCAUGUUAUCAUAAUUGUUAUUCCUUUUAUUAUAGUCAUUAUUAUCCUUUAUUAUUAUCAUCAUUAUCAUUAUCAUUAUUAUGAUUAUUAUUAUCAUCAUUGUUAUUAUUAUCCUUACUACUAAUAGUAUGGUUAUUAUUGUAUUAUCAUCAUUAUAAUUGUUAUUAUUGUUAUUAUUAUCACUAUCAUUAUUGCUAUCAUCAUAUUUGUUAUUAUUAUCAUUAUUAUUAUUAUCAUUAUCAUUAUUAUUAAUACUGUUGGUAAUAUCUUUAUUAUUGUUAUCGUUAUCAUUAUUAUUAUCAUGAUCAUUAUCAUUAUUACUUCUAUCAUGAUUUCAUUAUUAUUAUUAUCAUUAUUAUUAUUAUUAUUAUUAUUAUUAUUAUUAUUAUUAUUAUUACUAUGAUUAUUAUUAUUAUUAUUAUUAUUAUUAUUAUUAUUAUUAUUAUCGUCAUCAUUAAUAUUACUAUUAUUGUUAUCAUCACCACCAAUAUUAUUAAUGUUAUCAUUACUAAUAUCAUUGUUAUUAUCAGUAUCAUUGUACUGAUAAUAUUAAUGAUAAGAUCAUUGGUAUUAUCAUCAUUGUCAUUAUUGUAAUCAUUAGUAUUUUUGUUAUUAUUAGUAUGAUUUUUAUAUAUUUUUAUCAUUGUUGUAAUCUCUAUUAUCAUCAUCAUUAUUAUUAUUAUUAUUAUUGAUUCUAUUGUUAGUAUUUUCAUAGACUUGUUAUUAUCAAUUUUAUAAUUAUUAUCACUCUUGCUAUAGUUAUCUUUGUUAUCAUCAUGAUCCAUAUUGUUACAUUAUUAUUCAGUUCGUUAUUAUUAUCAUUAUUAUUAUUAUCAAUGUCAUUUCUAUGGUUAUCAUUAUCAUAAUUGUGAUUAUCAUUACCACUAUUAUUACUACUGCUUUUACAAUUAUCAGCAUUAUCGUCAUUACUAUCGCUGGCAUGAGCAUUGUCACCCCUGUUGUUAACUGAUCCCAUUUACUGCCUAGCCUUUACGGUAAGGGCGGUAAUCCAGCCAUCCUUGUGUACUGUUUUUUGCUGAGAGAUUGGUCUACUUUGUUGUUUUUUUUAUCUAUUGCUUGAUUUCUGGCAGGCUUGAUAUCACAUAUUUUGAAAGCUAUGUCAAAGAGGCUGGGAAACGCCGAACGGUUUGGUUAAAAGACAAAAGUAAACCUCGUGUGUUAGGAAACCUUAGCGUAUGAAUUUAUAUAUAUAUAUAUAUAUAUAUAUAUAUAUAUAUAUAUAUAUAUAUAUAUAUAUUCAUAUCCGAUAAUCAAUGUAGAUCGUGUUGGUAUUGUGUAAACUAGAUUUUAAUAAUGUAGAUCAGUAACAGAUAGAAUUCACACAAAACAGUGUAAAACAGCGUUGGCUAGGGUUAGAGAGAGAGAGAGAGAGAGAGAGAGAGAGAGAGAGAGAGAGAGAGAGAGAGAGAGAGAGAGAGAGAGAGAGAGAGAGAGAGAGAGACAUUGAUGACGCCAUCUGUUGCUGAUCGAUGGCACUAAAAUGAAACACUCCUGGGGAGUAUGUUAAGCAUCUUGACUUUCCCUUCUUGAGUAUUAAAGACUCGUUGUGCAGAGGUCGUUUUCCCUUUGGUAAUGGACCAGCCCUGACUUUGUAUCCAUUACUUGCCUUUUACGACAUCUACGGGGUUGAGACCGUGCCCUACAAGGGGACAAGAUACUCUUGGUAUUUCAGACAAGUUGCUUUGUUGUUAUGGAGAUCAAACAAGUUUUGCUUGUUGCUUGUUAGUUAAAUGAUGAAGCUGUUAUCCAGCAUAUUGGAGCUCUAGCCCUUUUUCCAAGCCUAAGCAUCAGUUCAAAUAGAAAGUCCCUUGCUUGUUAUGCUUUUUAUUAGUUAUUUAUUGUAUUGUGUACAGCUAUAUGACCUGGUCGGUCCCCGUUACUGUUGGAUGAAUGUACCCUUAUUUAUUAAAUUCAGACGAACAGCACAA